AUGUCAUGUUUGCAUCCAAACCCCAACAUAGAUUACUACUACACAUAUACAAUGACUCUCGAAAAUGAGGCUGUAGCCGGGGCUACAAUUGAAUUACUCGAGUCUCGCCUCCGGCGACUCACCUACCUUCUCACAGGCGACGCAAAUUGGACGGGUAUUCCCACUGCACCCGCGAAACCAGCUUCUCUAGAUGAAAGUGUCUCGCGCCGCCUUCUCAGUCUAGAGCGAGAGCUCGAGAGACUUAGUCGAAACAUCCCCGCUGUGCGGGAUGUGCUUCUUCUCCGUACAGAAACUCAUCCUACAAUGAUCAUACGCGCAAACUAA